GGGAGUUCCUGACAGCUAGAGACUAGGAGUAGAAUUAUGAGCUCACCUUUGGCCUCCCUUGGCAAGACCCGGCGAGUGCCUCUGCAUUCGGAGCCUGUGAGUCCGGGGAGGCGAGGGAUAAAAAUUUACGGAAGUGAAGAUGAGGUGGACGUGCUGAAGGACGCGCACGGCUCAGAAGAAAGGAUCUCUGUUCCUUCCUGCUAUGGUGGCAUAGGUGCCCCUGUGAGUAGACAAGUCCCUGUGUACCACGACUCGGAGUUGAUGGCCGCCAUGGCGAGGAAAGUGCGGGACCUGGAGCGGCAGGUGAAGGCCCAGGCGGAUGAGAUGCUUUCCAAGGAUCGGAAGAUACGGGCCUUGGAGGAGCUGGUGGAGACCCUCCAAGAGCACCAGGGCACGGUGACCCUGCAGCGGCAGGAGGAGCUGGAGACCAUGUGCGCGCAACUGCAGCGGCAGGUCGGGGAGAUGGAGCGGUUCCUCGGUGACUACGGCCUGCAGUGGGUGGGCGAGCCCAUGGAUGAGGAGGACUUGGAGGAUGGCGAGAGGGACUGGAUGACAGCCAAGAAGUUCUGGAAGCCAGGGGACUCACUGGUACCCCCCCAGGUGGACUUUGACAGGCUGCUGGCUAGCCUGAAGGAUCUCAGUGAGCUGGCGGUAGACAGUGACACCCAGCUGACACCAGUGCCCAGCAGAGUGCCACACUGUGUCCUUGAGCCCAUCCCACUGAAGCUCUACCGGAAUGGCAUCGUGAUGUUCGAUGGGCCCUUCCGGCCCUUCCAUGAUCCCUCCACACAGCGCUGCCUCCGAGACAUAUUGGAUGGCUUCUUCCCGUCAGAGCUCCAGCGGCUGUACCCUGACGGGGUCCCCUUUAAGGUGAGUGACCUGCGCAAUCAAGUCUACCCAGAGAAUGGGCUGGACGCGUUCCCAGGCGAGAGCCGAGUGGUAGGCUGGCAGAGGAUUCGAAAGCCCUUGGACAGGAUGGAGCACCCAGGCUCCACGAUGACCGCCGAGAAGUUUCUGAACAGGCUGCCCAAAUUUGUGAUCCGACAAGGCGAGGUGAUUGACAUUCGAGGUCCCAUCCGGGACACCCUGAAGAACUGCUGCCCAUUGCGUGUCCGGAUCCAGGAGAUCGUGGUGGAGACGCCUGCCUUGACUGCUGAGCGUGAGAGGAGCCAGGAGUCUCCGGAGUUGCCCGCGCCCGCACUCUCCACGCUGCGCAUCAAGUCUGAGAAUGGUGAGCAGGCCUUCCUGCUGAUGAUGCGGCCGGAGGACACAGUCGGUGAUGUGCGCACCCUGCUUGCACAGGCCAGGGCCGUGGAGGCCACCACCUUCGAGAUCUUCAGUACGUUCCCGCCCACAGUCUACCACAAUGACGCUCUCACGCUGCAGGCCGCGGGCCUGGUGCCCAACGCCACGCUGCUGCUUCGGGUGCGCCGGGCUCCGCCGCCCGCCCCCGGCCCCGAAUAA